CCGUCGAGUCACUGGAUGGAAUGUCGAGCUCCAGAAAGGAGUUCGAUGUGAAGCAAAUUCUUCGAAUCCGAUGGAGAUGGUUCGGUCACCCCACAUCACCACCACACAAUCAGCCACCGUUGGGAGACUUCUUCAGUGGGAGAGGAACGGCAGGAUCAUCUGGCGACCUACCCUCCGUUAGUGGCUCUUCCCCCUCCACUGGAGGUGCUCGUAACGGCAACAGCACAGGCUCAAAUAGUGCAAGCACCGGUGGUGGCUCUGUGGGCAACCUUAACAACAAUAGAAAGUUUGGAGACACUGGAAGUCAAAGUAACGGACCGGUGCCCACAGGCGCCACGGCUUGUCCCCGCUCGUUUAGUCAGCAGGAGUGCCGAAGUCCGCCGGCUUUACCCUGGGUGCCUCCGCCACACUCUCGCUCGGUUCUCGGUGUGACUACUGAGGUCGCAUCGACGAAUUCAUCGGUCGAAAAAGCCACUGGUGUCGAGGAAAACAACAAUAACGUGGAUUCCGAUAGCAGCUCGUGCAGGACGUCCAACAGCAGUCAGACGCUGUCCUCAUGUGCCUCUAUGGAGCCGUGUGCGCCCGAAGAGCUGUUCCAGGCGCUGAGCCACGCUGAGCACACCUUCAGACGUAUGGAGACGUACCUGAGGACGCGGCAGCUGUGUGACGUAGUGCUGCUCGCCGGAGACCGCAGGAUACCGGCACACAGGCUGGUCCUGUCCUCCGUGUCGGAUUACUUUGCUGCCAUGUUUACCAGUGAUGUGCGAGAAGCCAAACAGGAGGAGGUCAAGAUGGAGGGUGUGGACCCAGAUGCAUUAUGGGUCUUGGUUCAGUAUGCUUACACAGGGCGUCUGGAGCUGAAGGAGGACACUAUUGAGAGCCUGCUCUCGGCCUCGUGUCUGCUGCAGCUGUCUGCAGUGGUGCAGGCUUGCUGCUCUUUUCUCAUGAAGCAGCUUCACCCCUCCAACUGUCUGGGCAUCAGAUCCUUCGCCGAUGCACAAGGCUGCCAAGACCUACACAAAGUAGCACAUAACUACACUAUGGAGCACUUCCUGGAUGUGAUGCGCAAUCAGGAGUUCCUGCUGCUGCCUCCGCCUGAGAUUGAGAAGCUGCUGGCGUCCGAUGACAUGAACGUGCCGGAGGAGGAGACGGUGGUGCAGGCCCUGCUCAGCUGGGUGCGCUACGACUGCUCCGGCCGCCAGCCGCACCUCCCCACCAUGCUGGCCCACAUCCGCCUGCCACUGCUGCACCCACAGUUCUUGGCCGACAUGGAGUCCAACCCGCUGCUGAGGGACAGCGUGGAGUGCCAGCGGCUGGUGAUGGAGGCCAUGAAGUACCACCUGCUGCCCGAGCGCCGGCCUCUCCUGCAGAGCCCCCGCACACGGCCCCGCAAGGCCACCGUGGGAGCCCUGUUCGCCGUGGGGGGCAUGGACGCCACCAAGGGUGCUACGUCUAUAGAGCAGUACUGUUUGCGUAAGGACGCAUGGAGGCAGGUGGCUGUGAUGAGUGGCCGCAGGUUGCAGUUCGGAGUGGCUGUGCUGGACGACCGGCUCUACGUGGUGGGGGGCAGGGACGGCCUGAAGACCCUGAACACCGUGGAGUGCUACAAUCCCCGCAGUAAAACCUGGAGCGUUAUGCCCCCCAUGUCCACCCACCGGCAUGGCUUAGGCGUAGCAGUGUUGGAGGGGCCGAUGUAUGCAGUGGGGGGUCACGACGGGUGGAGUUAUCUAAGCACUGUGGAGCGCUGGGAUCCUCAGGCACGCCAGUGGAGCUUUGUGGCUUCCAUGGCAACACCUCGAAGCACUGUGGGGGUUGCAGUCCUCAACAGCAAGCUGUAUGCAGUGGGGGGCAGGGACGGAAGCUCGUGCCUGAAGUCGGUGGAGUGUUUCGACCCACACACCAACAAGUGGAGCAGCUGUGCACCCAUGGCCAAGCGGCGCGGGGGCGUGGGCGUGGCCACCUGGAACGGCUUCCUGUACGCCAUCGGAGGCCACGACGCUCCCGCCUCCAGUCUCGCCUCCCGUCUGUCGGACUGCGUGGAGAGGUACGACCCAAAGACAGACGCCUGGACUGCUGUAGCUCCCAUGAGCCUCAGCAGGGAUGCUGUGGGAGUAUGUCUCCUUGGUGAUCGUCUCUAUGCGGUGGGUGGAUAUGAUGGGCAGUCGUAUCUCAACACUGUGGAAGCCUACGAUCCCCAGACCAAUGAGUGGACACAGGUGGCACCAUUGUGUUUAGGCCGAGCUGGUGCGUGUGUGGUGGCCGUCAAACUCUGAAACCAGUUCAGCCAAACACUUCUUUGUAGCAGUCUUCAGGGAGCGGCUUAGCAUUCCCACAAGACAGAAUGUAAACUCCUCCUCACGUGACUAGAUGUACAUACAAACUCACAUAGAAACACACACAGCAGACCUGCUCCUUUUUAAAGGGGUGCUUUGUCUGCGGCGGAUCUUAAUUGGGUUGCAGUGUUCCACAUGCCCCCAGGCUUCCCCCCGUGUUGCCCUCGUGCUCGCUCAGCCUGGCCCUGCUGCUUACGUGGGACAGAGCAGAGCAGGGCAGGGCAGGGCAGCUGGGGUGGAGGCUGCCUCUACUCUGCCUGCAGUCAAGCGUGAGACACCAGCAGCUCAGCUCUGCAGGCAGUAACUGAGAGGAACUCACCAGCCUGAGAGCACUAUCAGCGUCCUAUAUCUGCUGCCUGCGGAUUUUCAGGCUUUGUCCCAAAAGAUUCUCUGCAUAUCAACUCUGGAUUAGGCUGGAAGUAGCAGAAGAGGAUGGCGUGUAACUGGGUUACAUUAACUGAUAUUUAGCUGUACAUGUUCCUGUAGGUACCUACUUCUGCUGAACCUGGUUGAAUGCGGUGUGUAGGAAAGGAAUUCUCUGCUCAUUUCCCACUCUUUUCUCUUGCAGUGGUCAUCAUACAUUCCAGUGGCAUGUAGUCUCAUAUAAGCCACCUCCAUUAGCCUCCAACCAUACACACACAGACACAAAGACAGACACGUGCACUCUUCACCACUCCUCUUGUCAUCUUUUCAGCUGACCGUGGUAGGAAAGAGAGAGAGCAUACAGUAAAUGAUGAUGAAUUAGUCAUUAUGAACGCUCCUCACAGGAAGAGAAGCCCAAGCCAAAAGGACAGUGAGGUACAGUAGAUAGUGUGAGUGAGCGGGUAUGGAGAGGAAGGAAGCUCAGAGGUGUCAUCAAUCAUAAGUAUCUGACUGACAGAAGUUGUAAUCAGCAUGUAUAUUCAUUUGGAUGAAUGUGUUAAAAACAGAUUCGACCGAGCUGACCAAGCUUCAGCUCCUGUGAUGCAGACUCACUGUUAUGAGGAGAUCAAAGUUAACGGGCCAUUUUGCAGCUGUCUGUGGACCCUGCUGUUUGGCAGGUCUUGUGUUCAGUUGAGUUGAUAUUAGGUUUGGAGGACAUUCAGUACAAUGCCCACAGUCUCAUACCUUUUUCCCGCUGAACAAAAGCUGAGUUUUGAAGUGGAGAGAUGAAAGAUUGGGUAUUUAUAUUUUAUGUUCUGUCUCUCCAUCCUAUUAUUCCUCCUGGGGGCUCAGCUGAGGAGAAUGAUAAAUGGAUCCCACUGAUGUUUAAAUCUCUUCCCUGAAGCUGAGAUCGUCUUUGUGGUUGUGAACCAAGUAAUGACCUCUGAUCACAACCCCCCCCCCCCUUCCUCUAUUCCUCUAUUUCUUUCUCUCUCUCUCUCUCUCUCUCUCUCUCUCUCUCUCUCUCUCUCUCUCACACACACACACACACACACACACACACACACACACACACACACAAGCACACGUGUAUAUGCUCACCGAGUUAAAUUAAGGACCCAGGGUAGACUGGAAUUCUAAAGGGUGAAAAAAAAGCUGUUUUCUUGUUGAAAGGAGGCGUGAAUGUCAUGGCAGUAGACAGUAGACAUUUGAUGUCUGAUUUCCCUGCUCUCAGCUGCUCUUUUCACUGACACCAUUAGGGUGCGUAAGCGUGAAUGCUGUUGACACAGCCCCCCCUGCUGUGAGGAACAGAGUUAUGGUUGUCCAUGAUGACUCAGCAUGACUGAGUCACAGAGACAAAGCAUGUGGGAUGCCCCAUCCAUCAAAACCCUGCUUGGACAGACCACAGAACCAGGGAGGACAGACCUUCACCAAGCAUGCUGGACACAGGAGGCUUCAGACAGUCAGCCUAACUAAUAACUGUAAUGGCAUGGUUGGUACACAAGGCAUAUCACAGAUGGUUGCAACUAGAACACAUCAAACAAAGUUCCAUUCUUUUUACAUUUGUAGCCUUUGGCAGCUGUUACAGUAUGGAUGAAAUGAAGUCUGUCUUUUUCCUGGGUACAGAUCCAGAAUGUAUAACUUUGGGCACUGUGUGUGAGGACAUUGCCUCAUGCUGUUUUGCAGUACGUACAUGUCUUAAGUCCUAAACAAGCAACAAGCUCUUACAAUGUGCAUACAAUUGUAACAUUUUAUGUGUAGAUAUGGACCGAAUCUGUGUAGUUAUUUAGAGUUUUGUUCUCUCUCUCUCUCUCUCUCUCUCUCUCUCUCUCUCUCUCUCUGUGUGUGUAUGUAUGUUAGCCUAUUAUUUUAUGAGAAGACAAUUUUGAUGUAUGGGUGUUUUGUUUUGUUAUGAUGUAUGGGUAUUUUGUUUUCAGUUGUACAUUCCACUGUGUUAUUUCAUUUGUUUUGUUUUUAAUUAAAAUGGAAAUGAAAAUCA